UACUUGACAUACUAAACGUUUCUGCUCUUUACACACUAUAUAUUCCAUCUCUUUUCACAGCCAUCAGCUGUUUGUUGUUUUUAGCUGCUGGUUGAAUUCGGUACGCAGUCAAGCUAAAAGAUGCCGGAACCGCGCAGUCCAAUGGCGAGCUUCGCACAAUCUGUGCAAAAUGCAAUCGAUGGUCCUGUCACUUGGUUCCGUGAGACAAUUGUCGAACCGAAUCAACAGAAAUACAAUUGGUAUCAUCAGCGCUUCCGCCGCGUGCCCACCAUUGAUCAAUGCUACACGGACGAUGCCGUCUGCCGCUUUGAGGCCGAUCAGCAAUUCCGUCGGGAUCGCAUGGUGGACAACGAAGUUGUCAACAUAUUGAGACAACGCUUCGAGGAUUGUAUGUUGUACGAGGCACCCGAUCACAUGGCCAAAUGCAGGCCACUGCUGGAGAUCUACGAGAAGGCUGCCGAGAACUGGUUCAUUAAGUAUGGAGAUCUCGGUGGUUAUGCCAAUGCCAAGACCGCGUACAUGAAGCAAAAGCAUCGUUUGAUCUGGGAGCGUCGCCAUGGCCCAGUGGGCAGUGGCAAGAAGGAGGAUGAACAUGCUGCUCAUUAAUCCCAGCUCUGCUACAAUUCAAAUUAUUCACUAUUGAAGGAUUUACAAAAUAUAUCUACACACAAGCUAUAGAAACAUUAAAGGAUGUGCGUGUCGCCUAGUA